UAUCCCUCUGGAUAUGACCCAUUUUCAUAACUUCAAAUGGGAAGCAUUGCGUGUGCCGCACUCACACCCACCGCCACCAUCAUCUCAACCGCUCAAUCUCACGGACUCGCCUCACAUUUCUCAAAGCUUUCUUCUUUUCCUCCCUUGUCCAUAAGCUUCAUUUCGAAACGCUCGGCGUCGCUCCUCGGAAAUCCCAGCCACUUCAUCAAGAAACGCUCUUCCAUGGCCACUCCUUCCCAAGUCAACGCUUCCUCCACCAUCGCAAACGAAGGAUUGGAGGCAGCUGCAUCUGGUUUGGUGGGAGAGAAUGACCUGCUGAUUGUGGGACCGGGAGUUCUUGGUCGCUUAGUUGCAGAAAAAUGGCGGGAGGAACAUCCAGGUUGUCAAGUAUUUGGCCAAACGGUUACCACUGAUCACCAUGAUGAACUGAUUAAGAUGGGAAUUGAUCCAUCUUUGAAGGGGACUACAGAGGCACACCGGUUUCCGAAUGUUAUUUUCUGUGCUCCUCCGUCACGAACUUCAGACUAUCCUGGCGAUGUCAGGCUGGCUGCAUUAAACUGGAAUGGUGAAGGUUCUUUCGUAUUUACAUCAAGCUCUGCACCAUAUGAUUGCAAUGACAAUGGACAGUGUGAUGAGGACACCCCGGUGGUACCUAUUGGGAGGAGCCCUAGGACAGAUGUCCUUCUAAAAGCGGAAAAAGUAGUGCUGGAAUCUGGUGGUUGUGUUCUUAGAUUGGCAGGACUUUACAAAGCAGAUAGAGGUGCACAUGCUUAUUGGUUAGGGAAAGGAACUGUUGAAGCUCGACCAGAUCACAUCCUGAAUCUUAUUCACUACGAGGAUGCAGCUUCCCUUUCAGUUGCAAUCUUAAAGAAGAAAUUUCGUGGCCGGAUUUUUCUGGGUUGUGACAAUCAUCCUUUAUCCAGGCAGGAAGUAAUGGACUUGGUUACUAAAAGUGGAAAAUUCAGCAAAAAAUUUGAGGGCUUCACAGGCACCAAUGAUCCUUUGGGUAAGAGAUUGAACAACUCGAAAACUCGUGAGGAAAUAGGAUGGGAGCCAAAAUACCCUAGCUUCGCCCAUUUUCUCGGCUUAUCCGAGUAAUUGCUGCAUCUAUUUUCAUUUUUGUGACCUAAACAUUUAAAUGAAAGUGGAAAAGAACUGGCUUUAGGCAAUGCACAGAAGCUGCUGGCAUCUAAAACUUCAGAGAUUGUUGCUUACCAGUUUCAUAGGUACAGAAUAUUGAUCACCGUGCAAACUUACUAAUGAAAACAAAGAAAAGAAAAAUUCAGGGUAUAUUCAGUCUGAUCAGAAAUACUAGAUUGAUUGGAGGCAAGUAGGAUAUCUCUUGUACAAGACACGAGCUUCAGUGGCUGUUUUGGCAUGCCCAAUCAACGUUUGUAUUGCCACCUUUGAUCUUGGAAA